AUGGAUGAUGAUAUUUUAGAAAAAUUUGAUCAAGUAACUGCGCUUUUUAAAGAAAAAUUUCGAUCAACAGCAGUACAACGACAAAAUCAAGCGUAUAUUGAACAUCUUUAUGAACAAUUAAAUGAGUGGAAAUUAAAUAUAGAUGAACAAAUAAGACAAAUCAUUGAAGAAAAAACAAAUGAAAUAACCCAAUCUUAUGAUCAAUAUUGUCAAGAAAUUAAUGAAAAAUAUGAAAAUAUAAAUGGGCAAAUAGAAAAUCAAAAUCUAUCAUCUGAUAUAAAUGAACAAAUUGAAAAUUUUAUUAUGUAUUGCCAAUCAAAUACAAUUGAAAAACGUAUACAUUUAAAUACAAUACAAUUGACAAAAAAUGAAUUAGAUAAAAAAAUUCAAUUAGAAUCUGUGUCUUAUUAUGAUAUACCAUUAGAAACAACUAGGAUACCAUUAGAAACAACUAGGAUACCAUUAAAAACAAUCAUUAAAGAACGAAAUGAAUCAAUUCAUAGUAUUCAUUCAUCAUCAAAAUCAUCAUCUAGUGCAUUACAAAUGCAAAGAAGUUCUUCAGAAGAUAAUUCAAAGACAUUUGAUCAUGAAGACGAUAUCGUACGGAAACCAUUAUCUGAUCGUGUAGACAAAGAAUCUUUUAAUACUUCAAAUAAACCUACAACAAUAACAAAUGACGUAACAUCGAAACGUUCAACUAAAUUAUAUAUUGGAAAACAUAACACAUUAGUGCCUGUCCUUAUUAAUAAAAAUCGUGAAGUUUACAAUGAAACAGAAAGAAUAACUGAAUAUUCCAUUGAUUCUAUUGCAAUACCACAAGAUCAACAACAACAAGACCUUAAAACUAUACAUAAUGAUAAUGAUAAUGAUGAUGAUAAAGAUAAAACUAUACAAUUAGUUCAUGCUUAUAAGGUUCUCAUAAGAGGAAAAACUGAUUAUCAACGACUAUCAACAUCGUCUGAGGAUGAAAAAGAAGAAAAAUCGAAUGUUAAUAAAGUAUUUAAUUUACAACAAUUUGAUCAAACUAAUUAUUCAACAGUUAUGUUUAAAAAAUGUGAAACAUCAUAUAAUUGUUUAUCAAGUUCAACACAACGAAAUGAAUUAUUGGUAUAUAAUUCGAAAUUGAAAGUUUUAAUUAUUUUGAAACAUGAAAAUAAUAAAAAAUUUCAUCAUCAAUUAUUUAUACAAUGGCCAAAAAAUGUUAGCCCUCAAAUAUCUGAUAUAACAUAUUGUCAAAAUAUCGAUCAGUUUUUAAUAUCAACAUACGAUACUUGUCAUAUAUAUUUAUUUGAUCGUGAUUUAUUAUCUAUAUAUAAUUUAGGUAAAUUAUCCAAUGAUUUACCAUUACGUCGUAUUCAUUGUUAUCAACAAACAAUUUAUUGUAUAUUGGGAAAUAAUUAUCUUUUAGAAUUUCAAUUAAAUGAUCAGUAUAAAAAUUUAAAAUUUAUUCAACAAGUUAAAUUAUUUAAUCCAAUUGAUCGUUCACAUAAUGAAGGACUUUAUUUAUUAGAUGUAACCUGUAAUAAGAAUUAUUUAGUUAUUAUUUAUUCAAAUGAAUAUGAUGAAAUACAUUUACAAAGUAUUCAUCAACAAACAAGAGAAUUACAUUAUGAUUUUAUAAUAGAUAAUAUGCAACCGAUUAAUCAAGUUUAUAUAAGAAUUGAAUCAACAAAUUAUAAUGAAAACUUUAUUUAUAUCAAUGGUAAACAAAAAAUUUUAAAAGCAAUUAAUUUAAUAAAUAAAGGUAAUGAAAAAAUAACAUCAACUAUGCGACGAGAAACAAAACCAACAAAUAUUUGUUUUCUUAAAGAUGGUCGAUUAGUGAUUUUAUAUGAAUACCCAUAUUAUUUGUCAGUACAUGCUUUGUAUAAUUCUUGA